CUGUUGACUGUGACGUCUUGCGCAUGCGUCAGUCUCAUCUUAUCUGACUAGCGGCAUUGGUCACCUCGCAGCUGCUCGUUUAAGUAAAAUAUUUAACAUAUUGUUAUAAAUCGCUGUCGUUUCUAAACAUCAUAAGAAAGUUGUCGACCUGGUGUAAAAAAUAUGCCGAAAAACAAAGGUAAAGGAGGUAAAAAUAGGCGACGUGGUAAAAAUGAAAAUGAAUCCGAGAAGAGGGAGCUGGUCUUCAAAGAGGAUGGACAGGAAUAUGCUCAGGUCAUUAAGAUGUUGGGGAAUGGCAGAUUGGAGGCCAUGUGCUUUGAUGGAGUCAAGCGGCUUUGUCACAUUCGAGGAAAGCUCCGGAAAAAGGUUUGGAUUAACACAUCAGACAUUAUACUCAUUGGAUUAAGGGAUUACCAGGAUAACAAAGCAGAUGUCAUUUUGAAGUAUAAUGCUGAUGAAGCUCGAAGUCUGAAGGCCUAUGGAGAGCUUCCAGAACACGCCAAAAUCAACGAGACUGAUACCUUCGGGCCUGGUGAUGAUGAUGAGAUUCAGUUUGAUGAUAUUGGCGAUGAUGAUGAGGACAUUGAUGAUAUCUAAGAAGCUGUGAAGUAAGCAUUUCACAGUCUACGACAGAAUCCUCACAUACCCGAAGCCACCUUUCUAACAACAUGUGCACAGAGGCUCAAGUUUUAAGUUUCUGUGAUUCACAAAUUGACUGCAUUGUCACCUUCAAUCCAUUUUGUUAUCUUUUAAUGUAUUUAUAUUGAUUUCACAUCAAGUGGAAUUUAGCUACAAGUACAGAAUCUCUGGAUUCGCAAUAAAAAGAUAACCAAUUUUAUGUUUGGUCUUGCAGUCUGUAUCCUAACAGAAAUGUUUAAAAACCCUGUAGGAUGAUAAAUCUGAUAUCUAUAGUGCGUCCAUCUUUUUGAAUGUUUUUCCGAAAUUUAUUAUUUACUGAUCACAACAAAAAUGCAUUAGCCAAUGCGUUUAUGGUUCUUUAAGCCUGUGUCUGGUUAGCUCCAUGUUUCACAAUUAUUUUUUUUUUAAUCAAUCCUAUUCUUGUUUUUGCCUAUUUAGAAAAAUUAAUACUCAUCAGUUUUCAGGGCUGCAGAAUUUAUGAACGUUUUUCAUUGCUCAAUGUUUGUAAGAUAAAAAAUAAAACUUUACUUUCUGAUAUGAUCAAAUAACCAGAGUACCAGAGUAUUUUUGUAUUAAAAUAGGCAAACUAAUGCAAGAAUUAUGAGCGUUUAUAGGUUGUAUUCUUGAUUAAUUGGUCCUUUUGAAAGCAUAGCAGUUGUUGGUUAAAACCUGUUCAUAUAUUGUUUUGAUGAGCUAAUGAUGUCCUCUGCUGCUUUUGAUCAGAAAACUUGUGAUUUUGAAAUAAAAUCAAAUAUUUAAAACUUCAAUUUCAAAUAUUUGUAUUAUAAACCAUUAAAUUUCUGUCGUUGUCCUAA